UUGGCAUCAGUAUCCUAGUAAAUGGUAAGUUAUUUUGGGUCUUUUGGAAUUGGGAAUUUAUUUUCUUUAACUAUCUUUUUCUUUUUUUUGGUUGGGCUGUUCACUUCUUUUUUGGGCUUUAUGGUUUUUUUGUUUCUUUCUUAUUAUGCUGUUCCUUUCCUCACCAUUUCGUCUCCUAUCAUUUUUUUCCAUCGCUGUUUCAUUUCCUAUCAUUCAUUUUCUAUCUCCAUUUCAUUCCAUAUAUUCUUUCAUCUCCAUUUCGUCCUAUAUCAUUUUUUUCUAUCACCAUUUCAUUCUACACCGCUUUUUCAUCAUCAUUUCAACCUAUACCGUUCCUUUAAUUACCAUUUCGUCUCCUAUCAUUUUUUUCUACCCCCUUUCGUUCUAUAUUGCUUUUCAUCAUUUUCAUCAUCAUUUCGUCCCAUAUAUACUGUUCUUUUCAUUACUAUUUCGUCUGAAUCGUCUCCUAUUGUUCUUUUCCAUUACCAUUUUGUUUUAUAUCACUUCAUCAUUAUCAUUUCGUUCCAUAUCAUCACCAUUUCAUCCUAUAUAUCACAAUUUCAUUCUAUAUUGCUUUUUCAUCAUCAUUUCAUCCCAUACUUCUCCUAUUGUUCUUUUUCCAUUACCAUUUCAUACUAUUGUUUCUUAUUACUCUUUUUGUUCUUUAUUGUUCUUUCUUAUUCCUUAUCACUCACUUUGUCCAUUAUUAUUUAUUU